AAUAAAAAAAAUUAUUUUUCAUAUAAACGGACAUUUUUAUCCAUUUCUAUUUUAUUUUAUUUUAUUAUUAUUAAAUUUUAUUAUACAAAUGACAGACGUUACAGAAAAAAAAAAGGUAUCAGUAGAAACAGAAGCAACACCUUCACCUAAACUUGUCGAUGGCCAUUUCUCCAUGGUUCGGUAAAUAUCAUAGAUUUAGACGUAAAAAAAAAAAAAAAAAAAAAAUGCGCGUUUAAAUAACCAAAUGUAUUAUAUAUUCAUAUUUUUUAGUAAUUUUUAUCUGGCUGAUAUUAUUACUUUAAUGAAUGGUGUAUGCGGUAUUCAAUCAGUGUUAAGUUCAAUGCGUUAUUUAACAACAAAUAAUGUUCGAGAUUUAUAUAUAGCAAUGUAUUUUAUGCCCUUGGGAAUGAUCUUUGAUUUUAUGGAUGGAAGGGUUGCACGUUGGAGAAAUAAUUCUUCGUUACUUGGACAAGAACUAGAUAGUUUAGCUGAUUUAAUCUCUUUCGGGGUUGCGCCUGCUGCUUUAGCCUAUGCAGUUGGUAUGCGUACUUAUCUUGAUUCUAUUGCUUUGACUUAUUUUGUUUGUUGUGGUAUUGCAAGACUUGCUCGUUACAAUGCAACUGUAGCCCUGGCACCAAAGGAUGCUUCGGGCAAGGUUCAUUAUUUUGAAGGAACUCCGAUUCCAACUUCAUUAUCAUUGGUGGCUUUAAUUGCUUAUUUUGUAUCAAAUGAUAUGUAUUUAGAUACUUUACCUGGACAGAUGAUCAAGAUUACGAAUGAUUGGGAUCUUCAUCCUCUUGUUCUUACCUUUGUAUUGAGUGGCACCUUGAUGAUUUCAAAGACGCUUAAAAUUCCCAAGCCUUAAAAAAAAAGAAGAUUCAACCUAUAUAUAUUUAUAUAUUUAUUGUGUAUAAUAUAAUAUAUACCCUUAUUUUUAUUUACUUUAUUCAUUUCCAUCCAUCUUAUUGAAUAAAGUUAUAUUAAAUGCGACACCUUCCAAAUGAUAUCAUUUUAUGCAACUAAUUAUUA